UCUAUUUGAUUUUUGUUUACCCAACCAAAAGUUCAUUUGUAACAACUAAAAUAAUUGCUUCGGCGGUGAUGCUUGUUUUCGCUUCUUUUAGUAAACAUUAAAUAUAGUAUAUAAGCUUGUGUCGAGAGUUAAAUUUAUGACAUGCUAAUUUACAUCCAUUUCCUCAGGCUUUCAUUAAAACCUGCGCUGUUUCCUCAGCAUGAGCACUUCGGGUCCUCAGAAAAAGAGGAGCUACAUGGGCCAGCACCAGAUCAAAAAGAAAACAAGCGUCCAAGCUCAUGAUGAGCCACCAAAGGUAGACAGACAAAAGAUCUGCUGCCUGUCAGACAAAACAAACAGAUCACGGAACAGCAGUAUAGAUAGCCGCACAAAUGGAGGAGCUGCGUUUCUGCUGGGGGAGUCCUCUUUAGCUCUCAGUGAAGAGAUCCUGCAGGCUCUAGACACUGUGAAGCCCACAAUAAAUAGUGCAAUAAACAGACAUGCUCAGGAAGAACCAUCAGCCUUUGCCACUUUACGCCCCCUUGCACCAGUUGCACAAAAUAAGGAGAGCGAUUUGGUCCAGAUCAGGGGCAGAACAUCUCUUCAGCCUGCGAACCAAGGACCCCACAGAGACCCUUCCCCUAUGGAUGGAGUCUGUGAGCCUAGAGGGGAUAGUAAGAGAGCAAGAUGGAGAGCUGACUGCAAAGACCUUGCUCAGAAACUUCUCUUCAGUGAGGGCUCGGAGGAAGUGGAGCAUCCACAGAGCAUUCCAAAAAAACCCCCAAAGCUUCCUUCUGCCUGUGUCAACGUCAUAGCUUGUCAGAAUACACAAAUUAGUCAGCAAACAGGCAGUUCCAGCAUGCAUGAGGUUAUGUCAAAAAGAAAGAGUUCUGCUUUUAGCAAAGACAAAAGUGGGUCAAAUAAGAAUGCUGAUGUAUCCAGGGACUACAUCUUGUUCAGCCCCACCCGUCUCGCAGCAGCUAUGAAGAGGGCCAAACUCCAGCGAUCGUUACAGAAUCAGUCCGCCUCUGUGCUCACAGUCCCCAGUGGCUUAGAGCUCAGCACUCUCAGUGACACGUUACCUCUUCCAGGUCCUGCCUUGUGCGCCCCUGCUGACCAAGCCAAAAAGCUGUUGUUAUCCAGCUGGGGCUUACCAAAACCUGUCCUGGAGCGCUACCAGAAACAUGGAGUGACUUGCAUGUUUGAGUGGCAGGCUCAGUGCCUUGCUGUUGGACAGGUGCUGCAGGGAGGCAACUUGGUGUACUCUGCUCCUACUAGUGCUGGGAAAACUCUGGUGUCAGAGCUGUUGAUGUUAAAGCGUGUGUUGGAGACAAAGAGGAAAGCACUCUUCAUUCUGCCAUUUGUAUCUGUUGCCAAAGAGAAGAUGCACUACCUUCAGAGCAUAUUUGAAGAGGCAGGAGUUCGGGUGGAAGGGUACAUGGGCAGCACCUCUGCUGCUGGAGGGUUCACAGCUCUUGAUGUAGCUGUUUGCACCAUAGAAAAAGCCAACUCUCUUAUUAACAGACUCAUUGAAGAGGACAGAAUGGAUCUUCUAGGUAUGGUGGUAGUAGAUGAGCUCCAUAUGGUUGGAGAUUCUGGAAGAGGAUACCUGCUAGAAUUGCUCUUAACCAAAAUUCGCUACAUCUCACAGAAGCAGAACACCACGGGGUCUCUUUCUGAGGGGGUUCAAAUAAUAGGCAUGAGUGCCACUUUGCCAAACCUCUCGCUCCUGGCUAGCUGGUUAGGUGCAGAGCUUUACCAGACAGACUAUAGACCUGUACCCCUGCAGGAGCACCUCAAGGUGGGCUGCAACCUCUAUGACCAGAGCCUGUCUCUGGUCCGACAGUUCUCUCCUGCACUCCAUGUUAAGGGUGAUGAUGACCAUAUAGUGAGCUUGUGCUAUGAGACAGCGAGAGAAGGCCACUGUGUGCUGCUGUUCUGUCCUUCUAAGAACUGGUGUGAGAAACUGGCAGACACUAUCGCAAGAGAGUUUUAUAACCUCAGACAUACUGACCAUCGGGGUGAAGCUGAGCCUCAGCCGGUGCGUCUGGAUCAGGAGGGACUAGUGGAUGUAAUAGCCCAGUUGAAACGAACUCCAGCUGGUUUGGAUCCUGUUCUGCAGCGCACUGUGCCGUGGGGCGUGGCCUUCCACCACGCUGGUUUAACGUUUGAUGAGCGUGAUGUGUUGGAGGGAGCUUUUCGCCAGGGCAUGAUCAGAGUCCUAGCUGCUACCUCGACCCUCUCCUCAGGGGUUAAUCUCCCAGCUCGCAGGGUCAUCAUUCGAACUCCUACAUUCAGUGGCCACUUGCUGGAUCCGCUCACAUACAAACAGAUGGCUGGACGGGCAGGGAGAAAGGGAAUUGACACUACAGGUGAAAGUGUGCUGGUGUGUAAGGAGGCAGAGCGUCAGAAAGGUAUCAGCCUCCUUAAAGGUGCUCUUCAGCCAAUCAGCAGCUGCCUGGUGAGAAGAGAAGGCGAAGGUGUUACCACUAGCAUGCUACGAGCCAUCCUGGAGAUAAUUGUUGGAGGUGUAGCCAGCACUCCACAAGAUGUGAGAUCGUAUGCUUCGUGCUCACUUCUGGCUGCCAGCAUGAAAUGUGACACUAAAAAAGACUCUAAAGAAGAGACCAGCAAAGGAUCUAUUGAGGACUGUGUUGAAUGGCUGAUGGAGAAUGAAUUCAUUAAUAUUCAAAAAGAUGGACGAGAUGAGCGGUACUGUCCAACCCAACUUGGUGCUGCCACGCUUUCUUCCUCCCUCUCUCCUCCUGAAGCUCUAGGAAUAUUUGCAGAUCUCCAGCGGGCCAUGAAGGGCUUUGUCCUGGAAAAUGAUCUGCACACUUUGUACCUGAUUACUCCUUUGUAUGCAGAGUGGACCACCAUAGAUUGGUAUCAGUUCUUCUGUCUGUGGGAGCAGCUGUCCUCAUCAAUGAAGAGAGUGGCAGAACUGGUUGGUGUCCAGGAAGGCUUUCUGGCACGAUCUGUCAGUGGCAAACUUGUUGCCAAGACAGAAAAUCAGCACAGACAAAUGGCUAUUCAUAAACGGUUUUUCACCACUCUUGUACUACAGGAUCUGGUGAAUGAAGUGCCUUUGGGAACUGUUGCAAACAAAUACAACUGCAGUCGCGGGCAGCUACAGUCUCUCCAGCAGUCUGCUUCCACGUAUGCAGGUAUGGUAACUGUGUUCUGCAAGCGUCUCGGCUGGCACAACAUGGAACUGCUUUUGUCACAGUACCAGACCCGGCUGAGCUUUGGAGUUCAGAGGGAGCUGGUUGACCUGGUCAGAGUUUCCCUUCUGAAUGCAACUCGAGCCAGAGCGCUCUAUGCCCAAGGCCUCUGCACUGUCGCAGAACUAGCCAGGGCUACCGUAGCUGAUGUUGAGAAGGCCUUGCGAAAUGCCGUUCCAUUUAAGAGCUCCAAGCGUGCUGUGGAUGAGAGUGAAGUGGAGGCAGCUGAGAGACGAAGCCUCCGAUGCGUCUGGGUGACCGGUGGACGGGCUCUCACAGAACAGGAGGCAGCUGUUGAAAUAGUGUCUGAGGCAAGGCUCCUUCUUCAAGAAGACCUGGCCCAGUUAGGAAUUCAUUGGGAUCCUACAACUCUUCCUGCUGAGGCUCCUGCUGUAAACGGCCCUGAUGACCGUCACAGCAAGGAUUCAGACACUUCAUCCUCCUCGUGUCUCAGUGCACAAGAAGCAGAGACAAACUGUAAGCAUGGGGAGGAGAUUAGGGAAGCCUUUAAAAGUGAUAAAAAGAUGGCUAAAGUGCAAAUGGAGGAAAGGAAUAGUAGGCAAGAAGAAGAAGCAGGUAAAGAACAGGGGAAGUUUAAAGUGAUGGAAUCAAAGAGAAUAUUGGAAGAUCCCAUGAAGGAAUGCAGGUCUGAACCUGAAAUCAGGCAAACAAUCUAUGAAGUUCCAUUGGAAAGAGACAACGAAACAUCGAAAGCACUGGCAAAUAAAUCAAUAAGAAAUGCCACAGAAAAUCCAGGUGAAAAAGCAGAGAACAUGGGGUCAGAGCAGGAAGGGAAAGCGUGCCAGAAAGCAAAGCCAAAAGAAGGAGAGACAGAUGGCGUUACUGUCACAAUCAGACCGAAGAAUCAUCUAGCAAAUCAGCCUGUUCCUGAAAGGAGCCUAACACAGGAACUGGCUGAGAUUGUAACUAGCCCCGUGCCUGUAGUGGUACCACAGCCUCAGGCCUCACCUUCUCCAAUGCCGCUUCCACGCUUUAGAGCCCCGAUAUCUCGAGUAGAACAGCAGCAAAUAGUUUCAACAAGGACCGUGAAAGGGCUUAUUGUCUCACCCGUUCAGUCUGAAGCCUGCCUGAAGCACUCGAGAGCCUUAAGAAAAGUCCUCCACUCCAUACACACUGACAAAACCCUGAAAGAUAAUGCUGAGACUGAAGAGACAUCACACUCAAAACCUCCAAUAGUUUUUUCAGCCCAAAAUUCAGCACCUUCAAGUCAGGUGCCAGUAACUGUUCCUGCCCCUGGCCCUAUGCAAGAAACUCCUCCUCGUAUUUCUGCACCUACAAAUCCAGAUACGUUAGAGUCUCCCCUGUUGGACUCUUCUGCCACUGUUCCUGAGGCAAAGCGAAGAAGAGUAGAUGGCAGAAAUACAUUUUCAUCUCCCGAGCUAUAUGGAGGAGAUAGGACAGAUGAAGAAAUUGAGGGAGACGUUAAAAUGGGAGAAGAGAGUUUUGGUGACAGCUUUGAACUGGACACUCAGACAGAGAGAAUCAUUAUUCAACACACAUACAAACAUGCAGAUGAGAAGGAUAGAGGUAUGGAUCAAUUGGUUGAAACAAAAAAGAGAAGAGAAGGUGAAGUGUUAGAAGUAGCUGUAGGGCUGGAGGAAAACAUACAAAGAACAAAGGGCCUCGAAGGGCCUGACAAAACACACCCCAUUUUCAAUAUUUCUCUCACAGAUAGCCAGAUGGAGCUCAUCCUUAAUACCAGCCACCAGAUUUCCCCUGAGCCGGGUGGUGGUGAUAACAUGGAUAAAGAUGAAAAUGAAGGUUCAUUUUCUGGUGAGGCACCUGAGGCUAAUCAGGCUGCUUCCGUGAGUCUUAAUAGAAGCAGCAGCUUCCUUUUUGACAGCUUGUAUCACAGCCCUCUGCUGGCAGAUCUGAGCCAACACCAGAUCCCCGAUCAAUCAGAUAAGGAGGAAUCUGUAAACCAGGAGGUGAGAAACGCAAGUGCUUCAUCAACCCAGGAGAGAAGACGCAGCGAGCUGCUUGCCAACCAGGAAGCAGAAAAGCAGGAAGCAAUCCAAUGGGGAGAGUCUUUCUUUAACCUGUCAGAGUGGGGUGACUCGCUGUUGGUCGGUGAACACUAUCUGGAGAGGCAGACUUUGUUCAGACAUGCAGACAGAACUGAAAAAGAGCAAGUGCAGCAAGUAAACUCAGAAAAUGUUCUUUUUGAAGAACAGCUGUCAAAUUUACAAUCUGAGCUCUGCCAGGUACGGCCACAGAUUACUGCUACACCUCAAAAUGAGCAUGAGAAAAAUCAAGGCCAUCCAAAAAAAAUUCAACAGCAUAACGUACAAAAAGAUGCUAAACCAGGAGGGAGACAGGAAAUGGUUAAUGGAGAGGGUGAAAUUGCAAAAGAGGUAGAGACUAAAAGAGAAGAGAAGGAAAAUAAAAAGGAAAUUGAUGCUAUAUUGUCAGAUUAUCCAGUUUUUAAACAACCAUUUGUGCAAAAUGCACCAGAAAGUGGACUUGAUUGUAGCCCUGGUUUACAAGAGAUCUUUGACCGCUGGCCUAGCAUGUCUGACCAGCCCUGGCAAAACUCAACAGAAGGCCUCACAGCCACUCAAACACACACUGCUGCUGCAAACACUGCAGGUGCCCCACUGGUACUACAGUCCUCAAAACAAGCAGGCAGAAAAAGAGAGAGGCUACAGCAAUCUACUAAUGCUACGAGUAACUCCCAAGAGAGACAACCUUCAGGACAUGACAAUGAAAAUGUACCAGAGAGACCGGGCUCUGCUGGUGACCUCAUUCCUCCAACUCAGGAAACACCACCUGUUACACCGAGAAUAAAGCUGACCACCUCAUCUGUCCAGUCACCACUGAACCAGUCGACUCCUUCAAGCCACUUUCAAAGAAAAUUGGCAAUUACAAAAUGCCCUAAAACUUCCACAGGAAACCGUAAUCAUCAAUCAAUAGUAGUUUCCGUUUCUGACGAUAAACGGCUAGAAUCAACAACUGAUCACCAAAAAUGUUGUUUUGUACAGGAAUCAAAGAGGCUACCUAAUCCUGAACUAAUAACUGUUCCACAGUCAAAUUUGAAAACCAGAUCCACCAGCAAGACCCUCAGCCCUCCCCGAGACUGUGUUUCUCCAUCCUCUCCACAGCGACAGCCUCUCUCUGAUACAGAGUCACCUGUGCGUCACGAAAGCUUCACACUUCAGCUGUCCCAGGAUGCGUCUCUCUGUUCUAGCAACUCUGGGACCUUCUCCAUCAUAGAUGUGGCAAGUGACAGGCACCUCUUUGAAACCUUCAUUAAAGAGUGGAAAACAAAACAGCGGUACUCUCUGGCUUUGGCCUGUGAAAAGAGAGAGCAGCCUGAGGGGGAUAUAGGAGGGAAACACAAGAUAGGGGCAGCAGCUCAGUGCAAGCUCAACACGCCUGAUGGAUUUCCAUUAAGGAACUGCGAAGGACUUGUGUUGAUUGGAUUGUCAGUCUGCUGGGGAGGAAGAGAUGCAUACUAUGUUUCUCUACAGCAAGAGCAGAGCAAAGGCCUGAGCUCCAGUCUGGCCCCUCCUCCACUGGAUGAUAAUUUGCCAGUAAGUGAGAGGCUGGAGCAGGUGAAAGCCUGUCUGAGCAGACAAUCAGCUGGUCAUCAAAUGCAUGUGGUAGUUGUGUGUGACAUCAUCCAGGUGUACAAGAUGCUUGUAUUGAGCUGUGGAAUCAGCUUGGAAGGACACUGUGAAGACCCAAAGGUUGCAUGCUGGCUGUUGGACCCUGGCAGUGAGGAGAGGACUUUACCCAACAUGGUCACUGUCUACUGUCCAGAAGAAUUACCGCUGCUGGAUGGACUUGGAAAUGCACAUUCACAAUGUCCUCGCGUCAGGGCGGCAACGACGAGCGUGCUCAUACACGCCGUCAUGAAUCAUCUCACUGGCAUGCUGGGGAAAGAAGGCACAUUGGAUUUAUUCAGGAGCAUAGAGAUGCCUUCCCAGGUUUGUUUGGCCCUGUUGGAAUUGAACGGAGUUGGCUUCAGUGUUGAAGAGUGUGAAAGACAAAAACAUGUGAUGCAAGCCAAACUGUCUGUGCUGGAAGCUGAAGCUUACACUCUGGCUGGACACAGCUUCUCCCUCACCAGUGUUGAUGACAUAGCACAGGUGUUGUUCUUAGAGCUCCAUCUACCUCCAAAUGGUGACGUAGGUGGAUCAAAAAGUAAGAAAACUCUGGGAUACACGAAGAGGGCCAGUGGCAGAGUACGACUUGGGAAGCAGUUCAGCACCACAAAGGAUGUUCUGGAGAAGCUUCGCCCGCUGCACCCGUUGCCAGGUGUAAUUCUGGAGUGGAGGCGCAUCACUAACGCCUUGACUAAAGUGGUGUUCCCUCUACAGAGGGAGAAACAGUUCCACCCCACACUGAAGAUGGACAGAAUAUACCCCAUCGCUCAAACACACACGGCCACUGGCAGAGUGAGCUUCACUGAGCCGAACAUACAGAAUGUCCCCAAAGACUUUGAGAUUCACAUGCCCACUGUGGUGGGUGAGAGCCCACCUUCACAAAAUGGCUGCCACAGGACAACCAAAGCAGGAAAGAGGAGACACUCUGUGGUACCCUCAGGUGCAGCUGGAACUUCAGAACAAGGCCCAGCCUUCUCUGUUAGCAUGAGACAUGCCUUCAUUCCUUUUUCAGGUGGAAUGAUAUUAGCAGCUGAUUACUCCCAGCUGGAGUUAAGGGUGCUGGCUCACCUCUCAAAGGAUCAGCGUCUCCUGCAGGUGCUGAAUGGAGGAGCAGAUGUGUUUCGCUGCAUUGCGGCUGAGUGGAAGAGUGUUGACCCAGAGAGGGUGAAUGACAGCCUCAGACAACAGGCAAAACAGAUUUGUUAUGGCAUUAUCUACGGGAUGGGAGCGAAGUCUCUGGGGGAGCAAAUGGGAGUGGAGGAGAAUGAUGCAGCUUGCUACAUUGAGAGUUUCAAAGCCAGAUACAAAGGGAUCAGUGCUUUUCUUAAACAGACUGUGAGGAACUGUAUAAAGGACGGCUAUGUCCAGACACUGAUGGGCCGCAGGAGAUAUCUACCUGGAAUCGCCAGCAACAAUGCACACAUCAAAGCUCAUGCAGAGCGGCAGGCAGUGAACACGACCGUACAAGGCUCGGCAGCUGAUAUUGUUAAACUUGCCACUGUGAACAUCCAGAGACGAUUACGGAAAACGUAUCCUGCAGCUCCACUGUCUCAUCAGCACGCACAUUCAGCCCGUAAUCAGCGUAGAGCUGGAUCAUUUCAGCUCAGAGGAGCCUAUUUCAUCCUGCAGCUGCAUGAUGAACUCAUCUACGAAACCACUGAAGAAGACCUCAUACAGUCUCUGAUUUUGUCAGGUUGCACAGAUAGUCAAGAGAGAGAUGGAGUCAGCAGUGAAACUGUAUGUGAAGCUUAAGGCUAAAGUCAAAGUGGGAUCCAGUUGGGGGAACCUGCAAGACCUUGAUAUAUGAAAUAUUACAGUUUAGUACAACACUUUAAUAUUUUAUAUUGAAAUCAAAUAACAAUGCACUUUUUGUUCAGUUGUAAUAUAUGUAAUGUUAUAUUUUUAAUCACUACAAUGACAAAUGAUGAAAUGUAACAAUGCAAGUAUGGUUUUUAGUUGAUCACCAUGAGAUCUAAAUGAACUACUGAAUGUAUUUAAUUCAGUUUUCCUGUGUACUGUAUCAAAUUAUGUUUUAAAAAAAUGCUAACUCCAUUACAUGUUGUAU